AUGUCUGCCGCCAAAACUGGCGCAAAGCCAGAAAAAACCAUGUCGUCGCGACUGAUGACCAUGGGGUUCAUGCAACGCUCUGCAGCCGCUAAUAAAUCUCGAACCUCAACAGAAGGAACCCGAACCCCAGAAUCCAAACGCACCAGACUCUCCACCGAAGCAUCCCCAGAACCUGCCGCAAAACCAUCCUCGGACCUAGAAGCAAUAUCAGCUGCCAUUGCCGCGGAGGAAGAAAAGCGCAGGGAAGCAUUGUCGAAACAAGCUGCGGAAGCCGGAGAUACGGAAUGGGUUCUUGAUUAUCCGGGUGUACAGCAAGCUGCGCGGCCGAUUGUUGUCGCGGCUGGGUCAUUGGACGAUGAUGACGAUGAAGAGAGUUAUGGGGGUAGACAGGCUUAUGGGAACUUUAAGCACAAGAAGAAGACGGGUGUGGCAUAUGGAAAUCCUGGCGAAGAGGAAUUGAACGGAACUCAGCUCGAGGAAAGGAGUAAACUCAGGGCUGAAAUGAAGCAGGAGGCCAAAUCUUCAGCUGGCAUAUCGGGAGGAGGAGGUCGUGGAGGGUUGUCUGGAAACAGUGCGCAAAAGAAGCGCAAGCACAAAUAA